AUGGAGUUCUUCAAUGAUGUCGGAGGCGAUCCGCUGAAACCAACAUUGUUUGAGCUCAUCGCCCAAGAACAACUCCGUGAUCUUCUGCAACCUGCUUUGAAGUAUGUGCUAUCCGUCUUCGCACAAAGAUAUCCGCGCUAUUUACUGCGUAUUGUAAACCGACAUGAAGAGUUCUAUGCUCUUCUCAUGCUCCUAGUGGAGCGGCACCAUCUACGGACACAUGGCGCAUCGUUCUCCGAGAACUUCUAUGGCCUGAAGCGGAGACGGAGGCCUAUAUUUGAGACGGAACGCGCGAAGGCCGCCGUCCCGGGUGUGCUGCCAGAAGAGAAGCUGCGAGAUCGAGAGAUAUGGCGGUCUCUCCUCAUUUUGGUUGGCCUGCCGUACCUGCGAACGAAAGCGCACGAGUAUUUCGAGGACCUAGGAGGUGGUGUCCAGUCGGAGGUGAUGGAGGAGAGUCUUGUCAAUCAGACGAGAGCACUGUCUGAAGAGGUAUGUGCCUGUCCGAUACUGAGUUUGGCAGGUCGCCUCAGGAGGAUGUACAAGGCGGUGUACCCUUGGCUCAACACGAGCUUUGAAGCAUGGCUUUUCCUCUACAACGUAGCCUAUCUAUUCGAUCGCACUCCGUUCUAUCGCCCAUGGCUGUCAUGGAUAGGCGUCGAUAUUCGUCGCGUAGGAAUAGAUGAUUUGGUCAGUCUUGCGGAUUCGAGCCCAUCUGUCGGCGGCACCGGUCCUCGGAGCUUGCUUGCGAUAUUACGGCGCCUGCUCCUGGCUUCGCCCCGCAUGCUGCUCAAUUCGAUCAACGUCAUGCUUCCCACUGCCAUCUUCUUUGUCAAGUUCCUGGAGUGGUGGUACUCACCCUCGUCGCCGGCACGGGCACUGUCGAGUUCGCCACAGGGGCCUGCUGUGCCUGCGCCAAUACUGGCGAAGCCGCACCCGCAGGGGAUCCGGCUGGACCAUACGGCGUACGGGGUGUGUCCGCUGUGUGGGGACGGGUUCGCGAACGCGACGGCGGUGCCGUCUGGCUAUGUUUUCUGUUAUCGGUGCGCGUAUGAGUACGUGGAUAAGCACGGAAGGUGCCCUGUAACACUUGUGCCGGCUCGAGUAUGGCAACUACGGAAGAUCCUGAUCUAA